AAAGAUUCACUGUUUUCUUCGACAAACUUCUUCCCAAAAAUCACCUAGAAAGCGUUCAUUUUUCCUGUUGGAAAUUGGCCCAAUCCUGCUGCUUGCUGGUCUCUCUGCCAGUGUGACCAGUGUAUAAUUCCCCUUUCCACAUCCGCCCCUCCGUUUGCUGGAAUCAAAACAAAAGCCCUGCUCAGCCUUUUUGACAGCUGGCAACCCGAAGGCAGCGCUUCCCGAGACGAAAGACAGGUUGUUUGUUGGCAUAUCUCCCCGCUCCGUGCCGAUACCUCGGGUCGCAGACCACCACCAGUCGGAGUGCAUUUUGACGUCUGCCUGCGAAGAAGACAGCAACCCGUGGACGUCGUCGUCGUCGUCGUUGUCGCUGAGGGUCCACAGCAACCAAUCCCCACCACCCGACCAGCGGGAGUUCCGUCGUCACAUCACCAUCGCCAUCGUCGUCCGUAAUUUCGGGUGCGAGUGUUUCCGCGUACGUAAGGCUCCACUGGUCCAGCACGAUAGGGGCAGUGAUCGAAAAAAAAUAACUCACCCACCCCGCGCUCCGCAACCAACCAAAACAAAACGUCCGCGGAAUGAACCACACUGGGAGCCCGAAUCGCAGCAACCAUACGCGGGCACCAUAUUCGUACAGCCGCCAGGGCAGCCAGCAGCCCACCGUUCGAGCCAGUGUUGACGCGGCGUGUUAGUUUUUCAGCUGGCCAGCAGCAGCAACAGGAGUGCGCGGAAGAGAAGAGACAGACACCCCCAUCAUCAUUAGCAGCCAGACAACGGUGCGUGCGUUUGUGCACGGAACGGUACCGCUUUAUCCUAUCCUCUGGCACAGGGAAUUCCCCUGGAAACCGUAACAGCCCGCCGUAACGCACAACUUUUAGUAUUGAGCCGUCUACGACGGCCGGGAAAACGAGCAAAGCCGGGAGAAAACACAGCCACCCAACAACGGUUGGCAUGCAACGCGCGUGAGCCAGGCGGAAGAAGCGGUAGCAGCACGGACGGGCGGUUUUUCUUCUGCAAAAGCCAACAUACUUCCUUGAUGUGUUUUGGAGCGCCCAUCGUAACGUUCCUACCAGUGCCAAAGCAACAAGCAGCAGCAGUAGCAGCAGCAGCAGCAGCAGGAGCAGCAGCAGAAGCAGCGUACGCACGUGUACACAUCCGCCGACCCGCCGGGGUUGGUCCACCGGAAGCAGCAGCAGCCACACCGACCAGCCGCGUAUGAUGCCCUGCCCGGGGUUGAAGGUGUCGCACGUGAUAUUUGUGAUCGUCAUCGUGAUAACGAUAGUGUUCUACUCGUCGCUCAAUGGCCGCCAGUUCAUACUCGAGCAGCGCCGGUACGCGAACCACCGGAAGAACGACCCGAGCGCGCUGGUCGCGUCCAACCGGACCGUGCCGGGGGCGGCGGCGGCGGCAGCAGCACCACCCGACAAGGCGCUGCUAGUGCCGGCGGGGCCACCGGUCGAGCCGGGCACGGUGCGCCAGAAGUGCAACGUGUUCCAGAUGGUGGUGCAGCGGUGCGGGUUUGACGUGCUGCAGAAAUCGGUCGAGCGGACGCAGCAGCAGCAGCAGGCGGUGGACCGGAACCAAACCCAGCUGCUCCUCGCACAGCAGCGGGAGAAGGAGCAGCAGGAGCAGGAAACUGGUCCCGAGCACGUGGACAACAUCCAGCGAAUACCGAACCCGUCCGCGGUGAAGAGCGCUGCCGCGGCCGGGUCAUCGUCCUCCUCUUCUUCCUCCUCCUCCUCCUCCUCGUCCUCCUCGUUGCCGCCGGCGCCCCAGCCGACAGCGCUGGAGGCGGAGGGCGAGCGGGUGAUCAAAACGCGCGACCUGUACCACUCCGGCCACCUGCCGGAUGCGGCCUGCGUCGCCAACCUGUGCCCGCGCAACGGCACGGACGUGACGCUGCUGAUCGUCGUCACGUCCGCGCCGACCCACCGGGAGCAGCGGCUCGCGAUCCGGCAGGCCUGGGGCCACUACGGCAGCCGGCGCGACAUCUCGAUCGGGUUCAUCGUGGGGCAGACGAACGAUGCCCGGACCGAGGAUCAGCUCGCGGCGGAAAGCUACAUGUACAGCGAUCUGAUACGGGGGUACUUCAUCGACAGCUACAGCAACCUGACGCUCAAGACGAUCUCGAUGCUCGAGUGGGCGAAGCUGCACUGCCCGAGCGCCUCCUUUCUGCUCAAGACGGACGACGACAUGUUUAUCAACGUGCCGAAGCUGCUGCAGUUCAUGGAGGCGCACGGCAACCAGCGCCGGACGAUCUUUGGCCGACUGGCGAAGAAGUGGAAACCGAUCCGGAACAAGAAGUCCAAGUACUACGUCAGCCCGGAACAGUACUAUCCGCCCGUGUUUCCCUCGUUUACCACCGGGCCAGCCUACCUGCUGACGGCCGACAUCGUCGGCGAGAUGUUCGACAAGUCGCUCAGCCAAACGUACCUCAAGCUGGAGGACGUCUACAUGACCGGCAUAGUGGCGCAGCUGCUCAACAUACACCGGAUCAAUGUGAAGGAGUUCCUCAACCGGCGGAUAGCGUUCAACCAGUGCAACAUCAAGAAGGCGAUCAGCAUCCACAUGGUGAAGAACAACGAGCAGCUCGACCUGUGGAAGAAGCAGGUCGACACGAGCGUCGCCUGCACGUAGAAGACAUGCUUUGCCUUUUUGUUGUCCCCCUCCAACAUCCUCCAGGUGUAUCCGUUUUGCAGGGUUUCGAAUCAUAUAAGGGAGUAGCUCAAUCACUUAUGGGGAAUGUUGCAAAUCGGUAGUGGAAUGUCGCUAGCCUGCUGUGGAAGUUUGCAAUCAUACAGGGGAAUGUUGCAAUCGACUAGGGGAAUGUUGCAAGCAUACCGUGGAGCUGUCAUCAGACUGUGGGUGCCGGUGUAAAAAGCUUCGAAGUGAUACCGAUGAUGUUUUCUUAAAAAAAAAAAAAAAACAUCAUUUGGAGUUGUUUUCGUGUGGCAUUCCGCAAUACAUAUGAUACACUAAAUAAAUCCUGCUGCGGAGCCAUAAUUAAACAUGAUAAAUUAGUAAAAAAUUUACAAAAAUAUUUUGGGGUAUUUACAGCGGCACCCACAGGCUGAUGACAGCUCCACAGUAUACUUGGUAACAUUCCCCUAGUCGAUUGCAACGCUCACCUAUAUGAUUGCAAACUUCCACAGCAUGCUAGCGACAUUCCGCUACCGAUUUGCAACAUUCCCCAUAAGUGAUUGAGCUAUUCCCUUACACGAUUCGAAACCCUUUAAGCGGAAGUAGCUGCUUCCGGUUGCGGAUGCGCUGAUUUGAUUGCCGUUUGAGUUUGAGGCUACCUGCUUCACCAUUUAAAAAAGCCCUUCCCUUCCUUCCCACCCACCGCCUAUCCUUCCUUCCAUUGGGACACAGAACAAAACCCCAUAUACAUACAAUUAAAAAAAAGACAUCACACACUACUAUCGUUCCAUUAAAACGACUUAGAGAAAGAGAAAAAGAAGGAAAGAGCGAGAAGGAGAGAGAAAGAGAGCGAGAGAGAGAGAGAUAGGGACCGAGAGAUAGGGAGAAGAAGACGAUGAGCCGAAGAGCAAAACCGUUUAGGCAAGAUAAUAAAUUCGAAAUCUCUUGUAAUGUUAUUUCAUAACGAACAAUACGAAACAAGCAAAGAAAACUAUCCAUUUCUCGUUUUUAGCAAUACUCAUGUUUUUGUUUUGUACUAAAAAAAAAAAUUACACGUUUUUGCUUCACAAGCAACUAAAACAAAAUGGACACAAGCGGAAAAAGGGAAACAUAAAAUCGAACAAGCAAAGCGUACGCGAGCAUAUAUGCCUUUUAAAAGAAAAAAAAAACUAAACAAAUUUGUGAAUUUGUUACAUUCCGUCGCUUUAAAGUGUGUGUGUGUGUGUGUAUGAGUGUGUCUUUAAAAUCGAAGCGUAAUAUACCACGUGCUAGAGACAAAACGUCCCUCUCCGCAAUGAAAAGCUUGUGAAAAUGUAUAGCAAACUACCGUGUGUGUGUGCGUGAGUGUGUGUGUGUGAGUAUUUUUCCCUUUGAGCGCCAAAAGCAGAGGAGUAGGUGUGUGAGUUUUCAUUCUUUUUUUUUUUUUUUUAAUUUGGGUCGUUGUUGUUGGCGUGUGGGCGCGCGCGCGCGCGCUUGCUCUAUGUUUAAGUAAGGAAAUUGGUGCUGCGCGUAACGGUGAGGGGACCGGGCCCGUCGGGACGGGGAUAGCAAUUCGAUAGAGGCUGGAAGCUCCUAUCGCGUUUCGUCUUCUUUUCCGUUUACUUUAAAUUUACAAUUUACUACCUUUUUCUCGCAUAACCCCCUCCCUCCAAACCCCACAAAUGUGCAAGAGUUGGUGUAAGGGGAGGGAGCCUAUAUUUGAACAGAAAAAAGAAAAGUAAACGUUAAAAAAAACAACACAAAAAAAAACCCGUAAUAUAUUUAUAUACAUGUACAUGUAAAAGCCCAAUAUUUCUAGCGAUGUAUCUCAUGUAUCACUCCACUACCGCAUUCAAUAGCUAGAGAGAGAAAGAGAGAGAGAGAGAGAGAGAGAGAGAGAGAGAGAGAGAGAGAGAAGAGAAGCAAAAGCGAAAGCGAUGUAAGUAAGAGCAAUAGCGAGGACGCCUGAAUUGAGCGGAAAGGCAGGCUGGAAGAAUUGUAUAGAGGACAACCCCAUUUUAUAAACAUUAUAUUAUAUAGCAAUUCACGUGACGCUUUAAGCCUGUACAUAGAUAAGUUUCGCAUUCGCAACGGGGUGGGAAUUCUGAACAAAAAAACAAAACAAAAAAAAACACGAGACGCCGACGUUUUGGCGGGAAAAAAGCCAACCACGUGCGCGACAACUAGCAAGUAACCAAGUGGGUGUGUUUAUCCUUUGAAUACUUAUUUAAAAAAAAAACAUAUUUUACUUUCUCUUUCUCUCUAUCUCCUUCUCUCUAUCUCGUUAUUUAUAUCAUGGCUGUACGGCAAAUAUGCUCCAAUAGUACCAGCACGUGCGCGUGUGUUUUAGGUUUGUUUAAUAUAUUUUUGUUUUACCAUUCUGUGCUGUUAAAUAAAAGUUAGUUGCCGCCGCAGCCCACCACCUCCAACCUCCUUCCUCCUCUCCUUCUCCCUCGUCCCCUGCAAACCUCUUUCAAACCUCAACCGGGUCCGGCGGCGCUAGGUCCUUGAACGUA